CUCCUUUGCUGUCUCUGCUAAGCUCAGCUCUCCAAAACAAACUAUCAUCGCCAAGCAAACAACGGACAACUAAGAACAAGAGGAGGAGAGAGGAGCCAGGAGGACAACCAUUACAGUAAGCUGAGUGAUAGCCAUGGUGGCAGCAGCGUCGGCGGCCGCCCCGCCCCACGUCCUCCUCUCCAACUCCCGCUCCCUCUCCAACCUCUACUCGUUCCAGCUCCGAGCCUUCGACUCCUCCUCAUCCCGGGGCCUCCUCAGCGGUAAUAAUGCUGCAUUGAGGACCAAGGCGCGCACUGGAAAUGGGGUCCGGUGUGCGACGGUGGGGACUGCAGAGGAAGCUGAGACUAAGAAGAAGAAGGGAGUUUACGAGAUACAGACGCUGACGACGUGGCUGCUGCAGCAGGAGAAGUCGGGAGUGAUCGACGCUGAGCUCACCAUAGUGCUGUCGAGCAUCUCGAUGGCUUGCAAGCAGAUAGCGUCGCUCGUGCAGAGGGCCGGCAUCUCCAACCUGACCGGCAUCCAGGGCGCUGUCAAUGUUCAGGGUGAGGACCAGAAGAAGCUCGACGUCGUCUCCAACGAGGUUUUCUCGAACUGCUUGAAGUCGAGCGGGAGAACGGGCAUAAUUGCGUCGGAGGAGGAGGAUGUGCCAGUGGCCGUGGAGGAGAGCUACUCAGGAAACUACAUAGUGGUGUUCGACCCACUCGAUGGAUCCUCCAACAUCGAUGCCGCAGUCUCCACCGGCUCCAUCUUCGGUAUAUACAGCCCCAACGAUGAGUGCCUUGCCGACAUUGGUGAUGACCCAAACUUGGGCUCAUCAGAGCAGAGGUGCGUGGUGAAUGUGUGCCAGCCCGGGAGUAACCUUCUCGCGGCUGGCUAUUGCAUGUACUCGAGCUCUAUCAUCUUCGUCCUCACAAUUGGGACUGGAGUCUACGCCUUCACACUCGACCCCAUGUACGGUGAGUUUGUGCUUACCCAGCAGAAGAUCCAGAUCCCCAGGGCAGGCAAGAUUUACGCCUUCAACGAGGGAAACUACCUGCUGUGGGAUGACAAGCUGAAGAAGUACAUCGAUGAUCUCAAGGACCCAGGACCCAGUGGGAAGCCCUACUCGGCCCGGUACAUCGGGAGCUUGGUCGGGGACUUCCACAGGACUCUGCUGUACGGUGGAAUUUAUGGGUACCCGAGGGACAAGAAGAGCAAGAACGGCAAGCUUAGGCUGCUCUAUGAGUGCGCCCCGAUGAGCUUCAUCGUGGAGCAGGCUGGCGGGAAGGGUUCGGAUGGCCACCAGCGGAUUCUUGAUAUCCAGCCAACUGAGAUACAUCAAAGGGUUCCACUCUAUAUCGGAAGCGUGGAGGAAGUCGAGAAGUUGGAGAAAUACCUUGCUUAGCUUGAUCAAGUCUUUCGAAAUAGACCAAAUUUUCAAGGACACAUAUGGAAUUGUUCUCGUGGCACUUUCAUGUUUAUGCCACUAAAUUCCAAUUGUAAAAAGAAAAAGUAUCGUUCGUCAAUAUAUUUCAGUUUUCGAUUCACUUGGA